AUGGCAGCUUCAAUGCUAUCGCGUUCUACCUCGACAUAUGUGAUAUGUUGGCCAAGGAAGGACUGUGAGUCUUCGGGAUGGAUUUUGGCUCCAUCGGAAGUACAGGACGCGUAA